AUGCAGAUCACCCAGACCUUCUUCAUGAUUGCCUUCCUGGCUAUUGGUGCCAUUGCAAUCCCAACUCCUGGCAAGUCAGACGAGGCAUGGAACCAGAUUAUCAAUCCCACUAAGCCCACGACCAAGAGGGCCGACGAGGAGGCGUGGACUCAGAACGUUGGCAAGAGGGCCGACGAGGAGGCGUGGACUCAGAACGUUGGCAAGAGGGCCGACGAGGAGGCGUGGACUCAGAACGUUGGCAAGAGGGCCGACGAGGAGGCGUGGACUCAGAACGUUGGCAAGAGGGCCGACGACGAGGCGUGGACUCAGAACGUUGGCAAGAGGGCCGACGAGGAGGCGUGA